AUCCGAGCAGCACUUGAACGUAGCAUAAUCCCUGGCUCACGUGACGAAUAGUUUUAGUCAUGGCCGACGAGUACAGGCGACAAGGUUUCGAGUUGGAGAGAAGGAUAUUUGAGUUAGACAUCAAGUGUUCUAGUCUCAGAGCUGAAAAGCAAGGUACUGAUGAAGAAUUGUCACUUUCAUGUUUACUGACUAUUAUUUGUACUUCGAUUGCAUGCCUUACAUUCUUUGCAGUUUAGUAGCCAACUAGCACGCUAGCUUGACGUUAUCUAACAUAGCUUGCAACCAUAACAACAGCUGCAGUCUGAUGAAACGUUUAACGGUGACAAGCAAUAUUAACGACAUAGUUAGCGAACGGGUGGUUAGUGUUAACUUAACACUCACGAGGUAACGUGUACUCGCUGUUCAAUGAGUGUUUUGGGUUUUUGUGAGUGUGUGUUGGAGUUAGCGGCUAGCGUAGUUGGCUAACGGUAGCUAAACUGUAUUGUUGACAAAGGUUGACUUGGACAGGUAACGUGAUGCAGCGCACUGUGAAUUUCCACCGAAACAGUCAAUAAAGCGACUGUUCAAAGUCAUGUUUUAUGUUUAAAUGUUUUUCCGAAAUACACAAAGAAAGUCUUAGCGCCAGAACAUCUCUUAUGGAUUGUCUAUUAUGAUGCAAUAGCAAUUUACGUGCAGCAUACUAUAUUGUAAUAUUACUUUAAACUGAAAUAACGUGCAAUAUCAAAGGUAGAAUAACCUCUAGUGUGCAGCUAUAAUAAUGCAAUGACUUCAAGUGCAACAAGUAUUUCUGUUAGGCAGACUAAUAGACAAGGUCCGACUACUCUGUGUUUCUCAUCUGCCUUAUGUUUUCUUUUAUCUACCACCUUUUGUAGUCAUGUUGGCAUGAAAUGUGCGUGUAGAUGAAUGCAUAUGAGAAAAUGACAGUGGAGAAAGCAAGAAAGACUACUUUUCUGUCACUAACCGUUUUAAAAUAGCAUAGCAGAUUCAAUAUUUGAAGUUCCACAUGUUUUGCCAUGAUAGUAUUCCCUGUUUUGGUGUUCCAAUUUAAAUAGGACAGUUUGUUUACCUAACAGUUAUUACUUUUUUUGUUAAUGUGGUCAGACAGGUGAUGACUACUUAUCAUAUUAAUAGUUGAAGUCAUAGUGGGUGAUUGUGGUGUAUUGGAGUUCACUAUAUUGAAAGGUAUUCUUAUUUUUGUUCCUCUCAUGCUUGUUAACUAAUUGACCAAAAUAUAAAUGAAUGUAAUUUACUCCAGUACACUAACACUACCAACCACUUAUUCAGUAUUAUUAUAUUUAAUACAUGUAAGGUACAUUUGUCACAUGUUUGAUCAUGUCAACAAAGCUUUACAUUUAGAAGCUUUUUGUAAGUAGAACUUGUGGUAGAUCUGUUGGAUUGGAUUACAAUCCCCAGGUUUUGGUGUUAUGUUUGGGAUGUAUAUAAUUCUCCUGUUAAAAUUUGAUUUUUGUUUCAUGUAAAUGUGUUGUUUUUUCCACAGAUGAUGACUAUUUACAGAAUGCAUCUGCCAUACUAGACAAGUUGAAAAGCUAUUACAGGCAUGGAGGGGAAAGUAGCAACCUUUCCAAGGUGCUGCAGGAUUACACACAGGUACUACUUUACAUUGCACUUCAUUAUUUGUCAUUAAGGAAUCAUACCACAUAUGACUAUGAAAGGACUUAGUCCAAUGUUAAGAUGGACAGUUUCAUCUCUGUUUUGCUUUAAGAAGAGGCUUAAAUUAGAAAGACUUGUGCAAAGAGCUUCGUUUUGUGGCUACCAGUGGCAGGUAUAUUAUGAGUUUCAUUUAUGUGUCGGUACAACUUAAAAUGAAGAUCCCAAUUGACUUGUAGAAAAAGAAAAGAGAGAACCUUCUUGUCAAGAAAAACAGAUUUUGUUUCUAUCAGGACAGUGAUGAGUUUUUGCAUGCUGAACUGGAAAUAUGAUAUGGGUAUGCAUAUGUUUUGUUUUUUAAUUUAGGUGAUCUUAGACAUCACAUUUUAUGAAGAGAAUAAACUGGUGGACCAGGAGUUUCCUGAGGAUUGUUCACCAUUUAAAAUCCAACAGCUACUGCAAGACCUGACUGAGCCGGAAGUUUUGGCAGGGAGGCUAGCACCAGCACAAGAAGUGAGUAUAUGAGUGUCUGAGUGGGUGAUCCUACCUUAAGUCUCUGUUUGGUUUACAUUUUUAAGAAACAUACCUGUACACUUUAACAUUUCGUCAUAAUAUGACAGCACCAUCCAUGUCUUUUGGUUGUUAUGGCAGGUUCAGUCUGUGCUUGGCCUGGAGUUGUUAGAAUGUCUCUAUUGGAGACGGGGAGCUUUGCUCUAUAUGUACUGUCACACCCUACACCAACGAAAACAGUGGAUCAAGAAAAACAAGGACACAUUCCUUAAGGUACUGCGCUACAAAACGAGAGGACUUUAAUAAUUCUAUUCAAAGACUUUUUUUUAAGUUGUGUAUUCUGAGAAUAGGCCUCGUUUGACUCAUGAUGUUUUUAUUCAGUGCAUUCAAGAGGGUGUUCGCUACCUGAUGCGGAUGCUGCAGGUGAGAAACUCUGUGAAGCUCAAUGAUGGGGUGGUGCUCCAUGAUCCUGCAACUGCAAGCUUCUUAUCUGAAGGUGAAAAUGUCAUUGGUUAUCUCUGAAUAUCAAAAACUAUAAUGCUGCACCUGAACUGUUGAAUUUAAUCAUACUAACCCCAUAUUUGUUUUCAAUCAGGUAUCUUCUCUGACACACACCUUUUGACUAUGAUGUACAUCGGGGAAAUGUGUUUCUGGGCAGUCAAGUAUGAAGACUGCAGUGCUGACACUAUGGAUCGGAAAGAAGAUCGGCUCCAGUUUCGGGACAUUGGCACGCAGAUCCUCAACAAAUACGUGCUUGCCUGCGAGGGCCCUCUUCAGGGCCAGGGCUGGAACACAGAAAAUGCCAAGGAAAUCCUUAGUAUUUUACAGUGAAGCCAAUUGCUUCUUUCUUGUAGUUGCCCUAAGGCACAGAUCUAAGUUCAGUAUUCAAAUAUGUAUCAACCCCAAAUUCAAAUGGAGCCCAUCAGGUGGGGUUUUAUGUUGUGGAAGGUUAAGAGAAGACAUCGGGUGUAUAUGUAUGUGAUGAAAAGAGUCUAUGGAUCAGUGCCUACAGGCAACCUCAUCCAAUGCCAAAUGGCCCAGGCCAAAGCAGGUGACUAAGAGGUUAGAAAGAUAAAGAUAGGCUGCAAGGGAGGUUGUUAAAUAUGAUAUUUUUUUUCUUUCCCUGUCCUGCUGAAUAAGCAGUUAUCAUCCUGGUUCCAGACUGUUGACUGGGCACUUAUUUUGCUCUGAGAAUGUGUAAUAAUAACAUUAAUAUGAGUAUAAAAAAGGUUAUUAAUAAAACUGACCUUUUUUUUUUCCUUUUUUUUUUUUUAAAGAUUGUUACAAGUUUGAAGAUAAUCCAGCUGGAAAAAAAAGACAUUGCACAGUAACAUUUUAUUUAUUGUCUCGUUGCCAUUUUGUUAUGCUUUUAAUAUAUUGUAAUUGCAUAUACAUUAUAUAUGUAUGUGUGUAUAAAAAUGCACACUAAAGGCAAAGAAAGUUGUUUGAAAACUAUUUGACAAUGAUGUAUUGAUGAUCAAUUGAAGUAUGUUCAUUUUUGUCAUACCAGCUUUGUAAUGCACCACUUGUAUUCCCAUUUAUUGCAAGUUCCAUUUUAUGCCACUUGAGUUAUCUUGAUAGUAUAACUAUUAAUACAGAAUCUGUGUUGUUUGGACGAAAAUCAUUUUCUUUUUUAUGUCCUCGACGACAAUAAACACGCGCGUUGUUUUAAGAAAGAAA